UGAGCAUAGAGAAAUCUAAUCCUCUUAUCCUCAACCUCACAACUCAAAAUACAAAAGAACCCAAAUGUGAAACACAAACACGCAAUAAUCGCAUAAUUAUUAUUAUUGCACUAUGCUCUCCUUACUAGGAACUUCUUCUUCUUCAACUGCAUUUCUUCCUAGGUCUUUCUCCUCCUCCAUUUCUAAAUCUUCAGUUCCUUCCCUCUCCUUAACUCCAGGGCUGAGUUUUGGGAGGAAGUUUUAUGGAGGGCUUGGAAUUCAAGGUAAGAAAGGGAGGUCUCAGUUCCAUCUCACUGUUACCAAUGUCGCCACUGAUGUCAGCUCAGUUGAACAGAAUGUUGCUUCUAAAGAAAACCAGAGGCCGGUUUAUCCAUUUGCUGCUAUAGUGGGACAAGAUGAGAUGAAAUUAUGCCUUCUGUUAAAUGUGAUUGAUCCCAAGAUUGGAGGUGUCAUGAUUAUGGGUGAUAGAGGGACAGGGAAGUCUACAACUGUUAGGUCUCUGACGGAUUUACUUCCGGAAAUUGAAGUAGUUUUGGGUGAUCCAUAUAACUCAGAUCCGGAGGAUCCCGAAUCCAUGGGUAUUGAAGUCAGAGAGAGCGUCAUGAAAGGGAAGGAGCUUUCAGUUGUGAUGACCAAAAUUAAUAUGGUUGAUUUACCAUUAGGAGCUACUGAGGAUAGGGUUUGUGGAACAAUCGACAUUGAAAAGGCUCUCACUGAGGGUGUCAAGGCAUUUGAGCCCGGCCUUCUUGCUAAAGCUAAUAGAGGGAUUCUGUAUGUGGAUGAAGUUAAUCUAUUGGAUGAUCACUUGGUCGAUGUUCUGUUAGAUUCUGCUGCCUCUGGAUGGAACACGGUAGAGAGAGAGGGUAUUUCGAUUUCACACCCUGCACGGUUUAUUUUGAUUGGUUCCGGUAAUCCUGAAGAAGGGGAGCUCAGGCCUCAGCUGCUCGAUAGAUUUGGGAUGCACGCACAGGUGGGAACGGUCAGGGAUGCUGAGCUCAGAGUGAAGAUAGUGGAAGAAAGAGCUCGGUUUGACAAAAAUCCAAAAGAAUUUCGUGAAUCUUACAAGGUCGAGCAAGAGAAGCUGCAACAACAAAUUACAUCAGCUAGGGCUAAUCUUUCUCAAGUUCAGAUAGAUCGUGAUCUCAAGGUGAAAAUCUCCAAGGUCUGCUCAGAGCUAAAUGUUGACGGUUUGAGAGGAGAUAUUGUGACUAACAGAGCUGCAAAAGCUGUUGCUGCUUUGAAGAAUAGAGAUACCGUCACUGCUGAAGAUAUUGCUACCGUCAUUCCCAACUGUUUAAGACAUCGUCUUAGGAAAGAUCCACUGGAAUCAAUCGACUCAGGUUUACUAGUCAUUGAGAAAUUCUAUGAAGUUUUCAGCUGAGCAUAUGUCCCUUACUGUAAUUUUUGUCCACUCAUAAUUUGUCUUUCAGCUGUUUUCUCAAGUUUGGUGAUAUUCUGCAAAUAUUGACAGGUUAUUCCUGUUUUUGUUGACCACAUUUUAGUAGAUGAAAGAGAAUGUAUGAUAAACUGAUGGAAAUUUCACUCUUCUUUUCAUACUGAAGUUUUCUUGUGUGAUCAA